AUGGGUCGGCCUCGUACCUACGGCGCGAGGAAGACGCAUGCCUCUAUCGCCGCAUCCGCUCUCUUUGGUAGCAUAUCGCGCAACAGCCACCACACCAAAUUUCCUGCAUCACCAGAACGAUCUGCUCUUGCGGAUAUCACAUCAGCAGUAAUCAAUCUAAAGCUCGACGGUGAUACUGAGAAUGAAGACAAACGGGUUGGCCACAACCACGACGAUGAUGAUGAUGACGAGAACUCGGAGACCCUAGAGGAUAGGGAGAGUGAAGAAGGCUCCGAGGGUCUAACAUUGCAACUCGAUGAGAAUGAUGAACUCGAAACGGAAGACGAAACUUCAAUAUUUAACAGAAAACAUCAGCACUUAUUACCACUUAUCACAGCCUACGGCAUCGACACCGGUCGAACAUUGACAACCCAUUCCUGGGCUGACUUACUUCCCUCAGACUGCACCGUAAUCAAAAUAGCAGAAGCCUCAUACGCCGAAGUAUACCGCAUCACAAUCCCAUCCGGCGAAACCUCAAUCAUAAAAGUAAUGCGCAUCCAAUCCCCCUGUGACCCAGCCUCCAGCGCGAGCGACACCGCCAUCAGAGUGGAAAACAUCGUCUCGGAAGUCAGGAUCAUGAAUACACUUACCGAGCUCCCAGGCUUUGUUCGCUUCAAAGACGCCCAUAUCAUCCUUGGUCGCUCCGUGCAGGCAUUCAUUGAUGCGUAUGAGCACCGCGAGGAAGUCUGCAAAGAAGGCCGAGAAUCGCAGUUUCCGCACCCGAAGCUGUACACAGACGCAUCGGAAUUUCUGGCCAUCGAGUUGGGAGAUGCGGGGUGUGUGUUGGAGGACUUUCCAGUUACGAGUAUUAAGCAAGUUUGGGACAUCCUUCUAGGGACUAUUUUGGCUCUUGCAAAAGGCGAGAUGGCGAAUGAAUUCGAACAUCGAGAUCUCCACGAAAACAACAUCUGCGUCUCCGUCUCCCCCACUCCAUCAUCUGAUCACACCGACACAGACACAAACCCCAACCUCAAACUAGGACGUGCAGGAGUCAAGACGACACUCAUAGACUACGGCCUAUCGCGCGCUAAGCUGCAAAACGGCACUGUAGUAUUCCUCGACCUAGAAGAAGAUCCCAUGGUCUUCCAGGGCUCAGAAGGGCAUCCGCAAUUCAACGCUUAUCGUCGUAUGCGCACGAACCUCAUAACAGGCGAACGAACCGCCAAAACAAAAUCCUGGCACCUCUCCAAAACCCUUUCGCCCAGCACCUCGUGGGGCGAAUACACCCCUUACAGUAACGUGAUAUGGAUUGGGUAUAUGCUAGGGUAUCUCAAGAAAGCUUUGAAGAAAAGCGAAAGCAGUCGUGCUACUCCGGGUGGAAAUGGCCGUGGUAAAGGGAGUGGGGGUGGGGGUAGGAGCGGAAAGGGAAGUGUGCUGGGGCUUUUCAAUGAAGAGACAAAGGGAUUGAGUGGGCGCUUGGAUUUCAGGACUAAGGUUGAAAAUGGGGCGUUUGGGACGGCGACUGAUGUGCUGUUUUAUUGUGUGGAGAAGGGGUGGGUUAGUGAGGUGCAGGCGGAGGAGUAUGGGGCUGAUGUUUCGGGUGUAUUUUAG